CCAGCCAUGAUUUGCAUGAUGGGUUUGAGUGGCAUCCCAUGGGCCAACAUUCUCUGGCAGGGGAAUGGUAAGUUUUUAGAAGCAAAACCCUUGAGGCAUGCGUCUAUGGCAAGGAGGACAUUGUGGUCUCAGAAGUUCCUGUUGGCUUUUUUUUUCAGAGGCUUGAAAUAGAUCUUACUAGUUGUGCAAGAUUUGAAAUAGCUGCGGAAACUGCUGAUCUUUGACAAAAACUCUCAAGUUGCACAAGUUACACAAAUCACAUCCGAUUUAUUUUGUUUUAGCAAUAAAAAAAAUUCCAUGUUUCUGAUUAAAUGGUUACUCCAAGCACCAUGAGCAGUUCAGUGAUUUGAAGUGGUCAUGGUGCCUGGAGUCUGUAUGUCUAGCGGUUUGAAAUGUAAUCUCUUUACUGCUGGAGGUGUAACACUUCCUGUACUUGUAAACCAUGAACCUGUACCUUUAACAGUAAAACACGUUGACGUGAUACCACAACCGUAAUAUUGUUGUUGGAAAUUAAGAAGGUGGGAAAGUAGUGAGGAUUUAGAUUUUUUUUUUUAUUGACAUGAGAUUAUGGUGAAAGAGCACGUCUUCUGAUAUAAAGGGAAUGCUGCAUUUAGUUACGGCUUGAAUUGAAGAAAUGGGGGUUACAUUUUUGGACUAUGGCUGGAUGAGAGAGACAUUGAGUUGCAUCUCAGGAACAAGUCUGAGUGAAUAUUGACAAUUCUGCAGACAUCAACCAGAGUAAAAUACCACCUUGGUAACAAAUUAUAGUUACACUCUUGAAUGGAAACUUCAGCUACAUUCCAAAAGUAUAUAUCUUGUAAAAUGUUUGGCCUGGCUCACUCUCUGUUACAUGAAGGCCGUCUUCUGAAAACCAUAUGCAGUUUGGGUGCAUAAAGUCUCCAAUUGUCAGGAUUACAGUUGAUCCAGCACGCAGAAUAGUAUCACACCUAGGACUAAACGUAACGUCUAACCAGACCUUAGAAUGGCUAGACUUAACGUACCAGAGAAUAGUCGAAAUACUAGCCAAGGUCAGAACACAGAAAGAAACACAGUUGCAAGGAAUAGCCAAUAGUCAGGGAUACCAGAAUUCAGGGAAGUCAGAACGAAGCCAAAGUCAAUAACCAAAGAAACACGAUCAGGAACAGACUCUCAGAUUACCAGCAAAGGGAAACCACGACAGGGCAAUGAGUAGAAGAAAUGAGUGAGUUUAAAUAUCCCUCUUGUGGAUCCAAUUGGCCGUAUCCGGCCUUUGACCCCAAAACGUGCGCGCGUCCUCUGUGUGCCGUCACCCGCACGUCGAAGGCACUACCACUGUGGACAGACGUGGAUCUAUAUAACAGUGUGGAUUUGCAGAGGCCAGCAUCCACCGGCAUGUCGCAAAACCCUGGUCUUAUGGCAUAGGACCGCCAAGCAACACUUUUCUCAUUUCCAGAUGGGUGAUUAUUGCUGUGCAUAGCAUAUGGAGAGGAUGUAAACGUGACACCAAUUUAGUUAAUGAAGAACAAAGUGUGAACAAAGUUGCCUAACUGGAGUAACGAAGUAAUCACCAAAAAUGAAGGCAAGCGGUGCAGUAGUAGAGGCUUUGGUGAUAUCAUUUUGGGUUGUUAUCUCAGAAUAUAUUAGUUCUGAUAAACUUGGGGGGAUAGAGGGAACGCUCAGGAUAAUGAGUAACCCUAGAAUAAUAAUAUGAGUAAAAGGUUGGUAUAUCUAAGAAUUGUUAUCACCUAUAUGUGUCACUAAUCAGAUCUUUGAUUUCUUUCAGAAGCAGAGUGGGCUUCUUGCAGUAUUGGUGUUUUUAUCUGCCUGCAGUGCUCGGGAGUCCAUCGAACUCCAACAAUUGGCAAAGUAAAAUCUGUUCGAUUAGACAACUGGGAACAUGACCUUAUAGAGGUAAAAAAAAAUUAUUUAAACACAACCUUAAAAAUAAUUGUUUGAGUAAUAGAUGCCAUGAUUAGAAGUAGUACUAAAUGAGCCCCUCAUGGACCAGUGAGGGUCUAUGAUGCCAUAGCGAUUAAAUUUAGUAAUUACAUUUCCAAAAUGGAAUGAUCCAUAGGACCCACAGGAAAUAUAAAGCGAUGAUGUACCUUAAGGGGUUAAUAAUCCUUUGCACUUGGCAGUAAAAUUUCAGUGAUAUUUAUUUAAUAAAACAAAGUCGGGCAAUGUUUCAACGCCCUUCAGCUAUUCAAAUAUAUGGGGCAAAGCCAGCAUCAGCCUCGGGGGAACUAAGUGAAAAUAAAGGAACCUUCUAUUAUAUCCGAGUAGGAGAAAGACCUUUUAUUCAUAUGGUGUAGGGGAGAGUACAGGAAUCGUACAUAGUAAAUAUUGUAUUUAGAAAUCUUUACUUGUCCCUGUGUGAGAGACUCAUUUGAGAGAAGAGAGAAAUGACAGACCAGUAUUGUUAAAUAUAUUGUUAUAUAAUGCGUACCAUUGGAAACUAUUUAUAUGAGGAAUUUUUUUCCCACUAAAUUGAGAAUUCUAAGUGAAUUUCAAAUUCAAGAACUUGUGAAUAACCAUGUUUUUAAAUGAUUUUCUAACUUUCUCACACAGUUUAUGAAAGCUCACGGGAAUCUAAGGGCAAAAGAAAAAUAUGAAGCCUUCGUGCCACCAUUUUAUUACAAGCCGCGAGUAAGGGAUUGCAUGUAAGUUCAGUCACGUGUGAUAGGAUGUGACGUGUAUCUGCUUUAUUGAAGCCGACAAAAGGCAACGUAUGAUGCAAGGUGACUUGGUUUGUUCAGUGAGAAUUUUAUAUUCUAUAUUAGAAUCCCAUUUGGAGGCAUGACACAUAGAUCUGCACAACAUGCCCAUCUGACCAUCAUUCUUACCAUUACAGAGAAGAUAAUAUAAUGGCUGUGUGUGUUUAUGUUUUAGCUGACCUGUAGAUGUUUUUAGAUAGGAGUUUUGCCUAAGGCCAUAGGUGUGCGCACAGAGUGUGGGAUUGGCCCUGUGUUCCCUGGAAUCCCUUCCCCCCUCCUGCAAAAUAAAGUCAUACUAAUGGCUGUGGUCUAUUGGCCAUUGAUCCGAGGGGGAGGAGGGAGAACUUGGUCUGUACUUCCAGGCCACGUUCUCCACUCAUUUACUGUAUUAGAGAGCAUUGCCGCAGGUUAACAUGGCAACGCUCUACAUUUUCUGGUGCUGGCCGGAAAGAACUGUCUGGAUUCCCCCCUCCCUGGCCAAAGAUAAUUCUCAAAGACAGGGGAAGAAACUGCAUUUUGUAGUUUGUUUGUUUUUUCAUUAUGAAAGCUUCAACUUCCCAUUACAUCCCCUAACACCCACAACUGCCCUAGAAUCCCAAAACAUCCCCUAACUCUCACUACAUCCCCUAACACCCACAACUGCCCCAGAAUCCCAAAACAUCCCCUAACUCUCACUACAUCCUUUAACACCCACAACUGCCCCAGAAUCCCAAAACAUCCCCUAACUCUCACUACAUCCCCUAACACCCACAACUGCCCCAGAAUCCCAAAACAUCCCCUAACUCUCACUACACCCUUUAACACCACCAUAACGGCCCCAAACUCCCACUUCUGUCUCUAGAUCCCCACUACUGCUACUGUCCCAUAAAAUGCCUAGGUGCAUUUCAUUCUUAUUAUUCUUAUUAUUAUUAUUAUUAUUAUUAUUUAUAAAGCGCCAACAAGUUUUGCAGCGCUGUACAAUGGGUGGACUAACAGACACUUAUUUGUAAUCAGACGAGUUGGACACACAGUAACAGAGGGAUUGAGGGUCCUGUUCAGUGAGCUUACAUGUUAGAGGGAGUGGGGUAUAGUGACACAGUAACAGAGGGAUUGAGGCCCUGCUCAGUGAGUUUACAUGAUAAAGGUAAGGUUUGGGUCGAAAAUGACGUUGCUAGGAUAGUAUUUACUGAGAGCUUAGUGUUGUUUUGAUGACAUCUCCCAUGGCAUUCCCUGAUAGCUACCCGCACACAGCCACACACAUAAUUCACAGUUACCUAUACACAGCAAUACUCAAAUCUCCCAGCUACCCACACACAGCAAUACACAUUAUUCACAGCUACCCACACAUCACUCGCAUAUAUACUCACAUUACACACGUAAAUCCACAACACACAUCUGACACACAGCUACAACACUUACAGCCACUUUACACCUACACAAGUCACUCACACACACACACACACACACCAUACAUCCACUUAACAUUUUAAUAAAUAUUCACAUUAAACAACAUUAAAAAAUAACAUAAGGGAAGAAUUUCUCUGUGCCCACCUUUGAAAUGGACUUCACACGCCUAUGCCUAAAGCCUCACACUCUAAAGCCCCCUCUAGUGGAAUCUGUUAUUACAGGCAAAAUACUAGAAUACCUCUAUUAGAGGUUAGUGGAUGGUCAGUGGCUGACUGCAUAGAUGAGACGACUGGGGAGGGAAGAAUCUAAUUUCAGUGUCAUUUAUAACUGAAGCAAGAAAAGACUGUUUAGUAGGCUACAAAUCCUGCAUGUUUUAAGAAAGUUCAAAGUAGCAUAUAUGUCAGGAACGUCUUUUAAGUCAUAUUUCAUUCUUAUCAGGAUUCUAAAAGAAGAAUGGAUCAAGGCAAAGUAUGAGCGUAGGGAAUUCGAAUUCAAAAGGGACUACCCAACAGGUAAACGUUAAAGAAAAGAUAUACUUGGCCUCAUAGAAACAUUGUAUGGAAAUUAAUUAUGUUCAUUCAUUAAUGUGGUACACAAGCAAAUAUAGCAUUAAUCUUUGCAAGAAUUCAUAAUCUGUAUUCAAUGUGUAUAUGUUUGCAUGUUUGUGGUCAGUGUGUGUAUGUUUGCAUGAUCUCUAUUCAAUGUGUGUAUGUUUGCGUAUUUGUGGUCAGUGUGUGUAUGUUUGCAUGAUCUGUAUUCAAUGUGUGUAUGUUUGUGUGUUUGUGGUCAAUGCGUGUAUGUUUGUUCGUUUGUGUUAGUUCUUGAUAUUGCACACUGGUCAAAAUUAGAAGAAAUUUAAGUAAUUAAUAAAUCUAUAUAUCCCUCUCUCAGCAGUCUGCAUUAUUAAACGAACACUAGAGGGUCAGGAACACCAACAUCUAUUCCUGAACCUAUAGUGUUAAAACCACCAUCUAACCCCCCUGACUCCCUUAUCCCUCUAAAUAUAGCAACAUCUUUAAUUCAGUCUGCAGCUGCUGACUCUGCCCCUUAUCUGUCUGCUUAGCUGACAUCAUCAGAAGUAGUGAUCUGACCCAAUCACAAUGCUUUCUUACAGGAUUGGCUGAGACUGUCAAGGGGGAAGAUCAGGGGCAGAGCCAGCACAAGUCAAACACAGCCCUGACCAAUAAGCACUCCUCAUAGAGAUGAAUUGAAUCAAUGAAUCUCUAUAAGGAAAGUUCAGUGUCUCCAUGCAGAGGGUGGAGACACUGAAUGUCAGUCACACUGUGCAGCACUGCCCCAGGAAGCACCUCUAGGAGCCAUCUGAGGAGUGGCCAGUUAAGUUAUCACUGUAAUGUAAACACUGUAUUUUCCCUGAAAAGACAGUGUUUACAGCAAAAAGCCAGAAUGGAAUGUUUAUAGUCACCAGAAUGGAAUGUUUAUAGUCACCAGAAUACAUGCAAUAAGCUGUAGUUGUUCUGGUGACUAUUGUGUCCCUUUAAAAGCUAACACUUUACAAUGUGUCCACAAUAAAAAUUUACAGUAAUGUGCUGUGUGUGUAAGUAAAUCACAAAGCUCCUCAACAAUAAAACUCACCACAAUGUAAUGUGUGUGUGUGUGUGUGCUUAUUACAACAAUACAAUUCACAAUUACACUCAGUGUGUAUGAAUGUAUCACAGAGCUCCACAGUAAAACAAUUCACAAUCGCUCAGUGUGUAUGAAUGUAUCACAGAGCUCCACAGCAAAACAAUUCACAAUUGCUCAGUGUGUAUUAAUGUAUCACAGAGCUCCACAGCAAAACAAUUCACAAUUGCUCAGUGUGUAUUAAUGUAUCACAGAGCUCCACAGCAAAACAAUUCACAAUUGCUCAGUGUGUAUUAAUGUAUCACAGAGCUCCACAGCAAAACAAUUCACAAUUGCUCAGUGUGUAUUAAUGUAUCACAGAGUUCCACAGCAAAACAAUUCACAAUUGCUCAGUGUGUAUUAAUGUAUCACAGAGCUCCACAGCAAAACAAUUCACAAUUGCUCAGUGUGUAUGAAUGUAUCACAGAGCUCCACAGCAAUGAAACGUACACAAUGUGUGUUUUAAUGGAUGUAAACGUGUUUGUAACUUGGUUUAGAUAAUGGCAUAAAGGGCACGUAAAUCAGUAAGCCAUUGCCUCCCUUGGGAAAAAAAAAAAGGAUAUACAAAUCCCAGUUCUAUCACACCCUUCAAAUAUAUGUCAUCCAUAUUAUAUUAAAUAAUAUUUUUAGAUAAUAUAAUUGUAACGUGCAGAGGAUCCAAAGGAGGUGUUUUGGAUACGAUAGCUGGGAUGCAUGUUGAUGUAGGUUAAUGUAUGUCAGUGACUGACUGCACAGUAAUCUGGGCGGUGGGAAUCUGAAUGCAGUUUUACGUAUUACUGAAGCAAGAACUGACUGAAUAAAAGACGUAUUAUUGCAAUCUGAUCUGAACACCAUAGAUGAUAUGUCAUUGUUUUGUCUGUAAGGAGACAAAGAAGGCUACCUGUGGAAGCGAGGACGUGACAACAGACAAUUUUUGAAGAGGAGGUUUGUUUAUUCGGAGAGUGAACGACUUCUAAAGUAUUACACCAAUAACGUGAGUUUUGAUUGAUUUAGUUUUAUUGAAAAUAGAGGGUAUACAUCCCGGAAAGGGCUUCUCAUAAUAAUAUUUCUUAUUCUAGCCAACGGUCCCAAAAGGAACAAUUCCUAUUCGUAGCCUGAAUGCCAUGUUUCAGGGUGACAAAAUUGGCCAUGCCCACGGACUGGAGAUCACAUACGUACAAGACAGACAGACCAGAAACUUGUUUGUGUACCAUGAAGAUGGAAAGGUAAAGAAUCUCAGAUAAAAGGAUGUAGCUAUUUAUCAUCACGCUAACAGCUGCUGAGUAGCUGGUAAUGUCGUAGCGAUCCCACCAUUCAUUUACUUUUACCAUUACCGGAUUGGUGAAAAAGGCUCUGCACCUCGCCUUUAGCACUCACGUUUCACAAUUGAUCACAGUCUUUUUUUAAAUUAGUUUUCGACACAUUGACACUCAGGGAAUCAACAUUUUUCUAAUAUUGAACCAAUAAUUACAAAUUGUGCGUAUGAGCAGAACGAACAUCACCCGGUGGCGUGUGAAAGCAUUGCUAAUUAAGGAUUUCUCGAUUAUACCAAUUAAACGGCAAAUACGCACUAACAUACAAACAUACAAACACAAUAACUCAAAUACCAUUUGAAAAAAUAUAUAUACACUGCAAUGUCCAUGAGGAAUAUGUGGGCUUUUGCGCAUGAUGACUUAAUACGCAGAGCUUUUAUUUAAUUGUAUCUUUUAUUUGAACAAAUUAAAAGAUACAAUUAUAUAACACGUUUUGUGUUUUGACUCAUGGCUGAUCAAAUGAAAAAAAAUCUAACCAUGUAAGAAGCAACAGAAAAAAAUACAUAAAUACUUCAAACUGUCCACUCUUUUGCAACAUCUAGUUCCAUAUUUCUGACACCACGUAUAUGUGCCGAUUGCUUCAAUGCCUUCGUCAUGACGUCCGCUGGGUUUUCGUCCGAGUAAUGUAGAGAACUCUUAGAGCUCCUUCCUUGAACGGUUCCAUUACAAUAUGAUAUGCAAUAUCUGUGUGUUUCGUUUUAUUUUCAUCCAUCCUAUUCUUAGAGUAAUCUAUCGCUGCUUGGUUGUCACAGUAAAUUUCGAUACUCUGUGGAAUUAAACAUUCAGAUCAGUUUAGUUCUUCUAAUAUCAAGCAUGCCCAGAUUGCCUCUUUAACACCUUGAGCCAAUUAAAUACAUUCCGCUUCCAUGGUGGAGGUUGAUAUACAUUUUUGCUUCGAUGAAGGCCAUUGCAAAGUAUUCCUCCCUAAUUUUGUGAUCAUUCCGAGUAGGAAUGUCUGUCUUCUGUGUCUCCUGCCCAAUCUGUGUCACAAUAUAUUUUUAAUUCUGUUUUUUUAUUUAGUUUGUAUGCAAGUGUACAGUCUUUAGUUUGUUUAUCUGGGUUGGUAUUGUACUGUGACAGUUUUGUUACUGCUGAAAGGUUGUAGUCUGUUUCACACCGGUAUAUUGUUGCACCGGAGCUCUGUGGUAGAGGACUGCAAACCUCCAAAAUGCAUUGAAAGGUGAAGAGCCACAGGCUGCACAGUGUAGGGUGUAUAGUCAGAUACUAUAUGCUAUAAUGAACAAAACAGGGAUAUCAUUUUUGACCUUGAGGCCUUAAAGGGACACUAUAGUCACCAGAACAACUACAGCUUAAUGUAGUUGUUCUGGUGAGUAUAAUAGCUCCCUUCAGGCAUUUUCAUGUAAACAAUACCUUUUCAGAGAAAAGGCAUUGUUUACAUUUCCCCCUAGGGACACCUCCAAGUGUUACUCCUCAGAUGUCCACUGGAGGUGCUUCCUGGCUCAGUGCUGCACAGUAAGCAGCCCUGCCGUUCAGCGUCCCCACGCUCUGCAUGGAGAUGCUGAAUUUUCCUCAUAGAGAUGCACUGAUUCAAUGCAUCUUCAUGAGGAGGUCCUGAUUGGCCAAAACGGCAUUUGGCCCCGCCCCUGUGCCGAUUUCCCUAUAAGAAAGCAUUGGAUUGGCAAAAAAUCGUCCAUUUUGAUGAUGUCACAAAGGGGGCAGAUCCAGCGCCAGCGGACCCACGCGACGCUGGAAAUAAGGUGAGUUUUAUUAACUUUUAAGGGGACUAAAGGGGGAGGCAAGCUACCUAAAUGGCGGGUUUAGCACUAUAGGGUCAGGAAUACAUGUUUGUGUUCCUGACCCUAUAGUGAUCCUUUAAUCAUUUACAUGUAACUGAUUUAUGUCUCAAGGCCGAAAUGUCAUGUCCCAGUUUUGUUCUUUAUAGCACAAUAGCUAUGUGCACUAGUUUCGUCUUUUACAGACGUGGUGGGUGCAUUUGCUAUCCAACAGUCACGAGUCUUCUAAAUCUACAUUUUUCAGACUUACCUGGAAUGCAUCGUAAUCUAGUGUUCCUUGUUUCGUUUUAUUUUUGUAUAUCCUUAUACGAAAAUCUCUGAAUACGAAUAUUUUGUUUGGGGUUUUUUUGCGUUCGAGAUUUCUGACAGAUUUGGAUUUCAAAUAAAGAAUGAGUUAUACCCAGCCUGGAGCGUCUCUUUCAAUGUGAUGGAACACUGCAGAAUUAUGAAUACAAACAAGUAUUCCUACCCAACGCUAUAAUGUUCUGCUAACUAUUUAGAUUACUGCCACCCCAUGUGCAAUAAAAAAAAUUAAGUUUUACUUGCCUUUUAGCCCGUGUCACGUCUGUCUCUGUGCUGCCACUUCCUCCCACUGACAUCAUCAAUCUUGAUGAUCUCAUCCAAUCCAAUGCUUUGCUGUAGGUUAAGUAUUGGGAGGCUUAUAUGUAUGACGGCAAAUUGUCUUGCUGUGCUGAUCAGCAUCAAAUUAAUUAAUCUCUAUGGGGAGUUUUUAGCAUCUCCAUGCACAGUGUGGUCUAGCUGAGUAUAUGUCCUGCAAAGAUUGCAGGACCUCAACUAACAAACCCCCUCUACUGGCUGUCUGAGUGACAGCAACAAGAGGUGGACUUUACAGUACUGAACCGGCAAGAAUAGACUACAUGAUCCAGAUCCACUGCAUUAAGGUGUACUGGUUAUGGUGACUAUAGUGUCCCUCUAACACCGCUUUACACAACUCCUACUUUUGUACUCUGAAUAGAGAAAACCAAUUACACACCAUAUACAUCAACGUUGCUGAUGUAUCAAUUUGUACAGUCUAGAUUAAUCAUUGAAUUCAAUUAACUACAUCAUAUAAAAUACAAAUAAUUAGCUCAAAGUAGCCACUCAGCUUUCUCUCACAUACUAGCAAUGCAGUUAUGACUUUUGGGGUUUUUGGUUCAUAUUUUGGACUGGUCAUGUGAUCUCAGUUUUGCAUUACCUUAUCUGCAAAUAUCGCUAAAGGCAGAUGUAUGGAGUUACAGCAACACUCGGUUUUUUCCCCAAUGUGCUCCUACAAUAUUGUGGCUAUUACAAGAAUAUUCAAGUGCAAUCUUGUUGUAAAUGUCUUCCAUUUUAGAUUAUUUUUUUUUUUUUUGUCAAUCGAUUUUUUUUAAUUUUUUUUAAUUGAGGCACAUGUAUAACAGAUACUUUCUCAUAGUAGUAACGACUGCAGAAGUGGUGAGCCAUACGUGCCUGUUUUUCUUAAAAAAUAGUGAGUUAACAUAGAAACAGCUGUGUAUUUCAGCCUCUUCUGAGUAAUUUAGAUGGUAUACAGAUAAACAAAGCCUCUUUUAUAUCGUAUAGUUUAGGCAUAACGUGGAACAUGGUGAAAAUAAAUGGUUAGAGAAUAACACUAACAACAGCAACAACAAAUAGAGAAUAUAAUCCCAUGGGUUCCAUAGGGAAAUUAGAAAAACUCAGAGAAGGUGAUGAGAUAUAAGUGGAUUCCGAAAUAGCAAUAUGUAAGCAUAAAUCAAGCUAAAGAGGCUCUCUGAUACCCCCAGGAGAGAUCACCCUAACCCUAGCCAGUGGCAGGACAAAGUCCCCUAACUCAGAAUUGCUCCCGACUUUUGACAUUAUUUACAUUUUUUUUUCUUGCAUACUGUUCCGCGUUUUUUCCCACCAUCAUAAACUAGUUUUUAAUCAAAACUAGAUCUGGAGAAUGUUUGCAGAAAAUAUAGAAAUUGCUAUUUCCUCUGCUGUGUUUCCCCUUCCCCAUUCGUGUAUAGAGAAUGGGGCCAAAUAUUGUUGAGGAAUGUGCUGCUACUAAAUUUGAACAGAGUUCAUUUGUAGAUAUGCAAAGUUACAAAAAAAGUAUUUGUUUUAUCCUGCCGAAUCCAUGUGUUUUAGCAAUUUAUCUGUGUUUCCAUAAUUUGGGGCGUUUAUUAGAGAUUAUUACCAUUUACAUAGCACCCACGUAUUGCACAGUGCUUAACAAUUCUAGAAAAGGGAUACUUAGUAGUAAAACAGGGCCUGAGCAAACAAGCUUACAAUCUUUGAGGAUUUGAGGUAUGAGGAUAGUAUCGUUAGAUGUCUUGCCCAGGGACAGUUACUGAUGAAGUUGUCUGACCGGGAUUCGAACCUGGGUUUCCCAGUCCUAAGGCAGUGAUGUUAUGCCUUGAUUGUAAAGUCAUGCAGAGAAUACAUAUUUGAUUUUAAUGUAAUAAUGAGAGUCAUACAAAGUUUUCCAGUUUAGAGUUCCUUGUUUCAAUGAACUGAGACACAAGUUAAGAUAUUUACUGAAUAAUACUUCUGUUGUCAUGCAGGAAAUAGUGGCCUGGUUUAAUCUGCUACGGGCAGCUCGUUUCAAUUACCUGAGGGGGGCAUUUCCUGGUACUCCAGAAGCAGAGGUAAGAACGAAGGUACUAACACCUAUUAAUGCACAAAUACAAAACGUAAAGAAUGCACACAUGAGUUUAUCCUGUACCGCAAUAUGUAUGAGUUAGGUUUACCUAUUUUUAAUGGUUUAUUAAUACGUUUUAUGAUAAAAUUUUAUAUCUAUUCGUUAUCUCAUCCUCUUGGAUUCUGUACCUCACGAAUGGCGCUAUCUUUCACACCGUUUAAAUAUUAACUCCAACAUGACACUAACAUUAUUACAGAUAUUAACCCCUAAACCACAUUUACUCUAUUGCUAAAUAUUAACCCCAUACACUGCACUAAUGCUAUUGUGAAAUAUUAACCCCUACACUGCACUAUCACCAAACAGAAACAAUGUAUAUAAGUAGUUUAAUAAAAACACUAUCUACCACCACCACCUCCUGGGGCAAAACUCCACAAAGCCCCUUAUGAAACACAAACUAUAAAAACAACAAUGGGCGAUAUGUGGUAUAUCUCACACUCUAAUAUAAACUAGGUGUAGGACACUAAUAAACAUACUCGUAUUAUAUAACGGUAUGUUCUUUGAUUGCUUGAUGUUAGUUGAAUUUCAUACAAGACCAUAUACUCUUCAAAACUAGCUUAAAAAUAGAAAACAAACUACAAUAGUGUAGUAUUUAAAAGCAUUAUACACACACACUAAAAUAAUGCACUUACAAACUGUAGCGGAGCUGCAAUAUUAAAUCGCAAUAUCUCCGCUGGUACAGAAAGUAAUCCAAGUAAAGCGCUGAAAAUUAAGGCAAUAUCCCAAAUCCCCCAGUAACCGGACGAAACACAGUUCUGGGAGUCAACUGACGAUUUUAUUUACAAGCUCCAGUAUUUAUGUGAUUCCCCAUGCAAGGGGUUUCCUUAGUCACUUUACCGGGGUUGUACAGUAGAGGACUACAUGGGGAACUGAACAUGCAGGACAUUUCUCCCACCGUGCACUGCCGUACGAGAGGGGUACUCCCACAAGAAUAUCUUGUUAAAUGAAUUAUCCCUCCGUACAGCAGAACCGGCUUUUCACACAAAAAUCUGUAACUUAUACUUUAUUCGUGCCAUUGUACCGAAUGACCGUUCGGCAGAUAGCACACUUUGGGAAAGUACCGCUCAGAUCCCAGCAUAAAUAACUGAACGCCGCACUAAAUACAUUUUACCACCAACUUUUCAGAAAGUCACGAAUACAUAGGUUGAAAGAAAGUACCAAAAGACCGGCGCUCCAGAACGGCCUGGAAGUCCAGCGGUGUUCACGCGGUCGAGUAGCCGAUUUUAGUUCCAGGCACUCGACGACCAAACACCGCUGGGCUAAAAGAAAAUCCAAGAUGGCCGCCGCCGCGUGGUCGGUAGCCGAACGACGGCCACCCGGGAAAUCAAUUAGCAGCCGAUUGAUACAAUGUUGCAACCGGUUAAUGGGAGCCACACGACCCUCUGUGUGUUGGCUCCCAUUCGGUACUUUGUUCGUUUCACGAACAGUAUGGAAAGUCACUGUUCGUUAAACUACCAUAUGAAUGCUAGCGGCUUUCGGCCGUUAGCAUACGAAUGCUCUUUAUUACAGGUAUAGCUAAAUACAUAAACUAACAGAAUUGGACCAGCUUUUCUAGGACAACCUGUAGACAUAAAGCAGCAUAAUCUGAAGUGGCUAGGUUUGCCACACAAACAUAAUGCGCUAUACACAAAGUAAACAGCGAUAUAACAGCUCAAUAGUCUCCUAUCCAGGAAAUCUAAACAGCUAAUGAGCUAUUAUCACACUGUUUACUUUGGUAUAGUGCUUUAAUGUUUAUAAGUGCAUUAUUUUAAUGUGUGUGCGUGUAUAAUGUUUUAAUUACUAUACUAUGACAGAUUAUUUUCUAUUUUAAGCUAUUAAUUUUUAUAAUUUUUUAGAAUUUCUAUAGAUUCCACUAACUACAAGCAGUUGAGUAACAUGCCUUUAUAUAAUACAAUUGGAUAUUUUUAUUUGCGUCCUACACCUGGGUGUAUAUUUGGGUGUGAGACAUAUGAUAUACCACCAUUGUACUCUUCAUACCACACUAACAAUAUUACUAAACAUUAACCUCUACAUUACCCCAAGACGUUUGCUAAACAUUAACCCCUACACUGCAUCAACACUAUCACUAAACAUUAAUCCCUCUAUUAUACAAAAACCAAACACUAACUACUACACUACAUUCACACGCCACGCGCAUUAACACUAAACGUAACAUUUGUAAGUUAGAAAAGGAUGAGCCAUAUAUAAAUGCAGUCACUGAAUUUACCUGUGAAGUUCCCCAAGGAUGGAAUGCAUUGUUCAGAAAAUACAGGCGUUGAAAUGCUACUCAUAACAGGAUAUUCAGCAUACUUUAACAGCCCCUCCAUGUACCUGCAGAAAAUUGUUACACUCAAAAAACCCCGAUUGCUUCCCUGAGGAUGUGACUAUUGUACAGCAGCGAAUGUAGGGACAUAACACACAAUAGCCGCAGUGUCACUCAUCUGGCUCUGUGUAUGUCACAUUCAUCUACUGAAACAAGGCUAUCACUGCCAAAUACUGAGCGAACUUUAUUUUAUUUUUUAAGAAAGGCCAUAAACAUAUUAAUGCACAAAUAAUCUCUUCCUUGGUAUAUAAAUUAAAUAUAGUCCAGAUUUUCAUCACAUGUACCGAUUUUGUCUUUCAGCUGAUUCCAAAGAUUACUCGAAAUUACUCGAAAGCGGGUUACAUGGAGAAAACUGGACCGACGGUGAGUUAUUUACUAUUUCUGUUCUGGGUUUUUGGCACUUUUUGCAUUGGGAACUCUUAUACAGAAUUAUAUUUUUUUUUAAAAAGGAAUGGUUUAAUCUGUCAGUGAUAAUCUCUCUGUGCAGCGUGUAGGUGAGGGAGAAGACGACUAGCAGAUUUCAAAGUUCUCAAGACACAACCUCAGUUCUGCUUACAGCCAAGGGUUUGCUUAUCAGAAUUCUACUUCUGAUUGUUGGGAGCUAACCUAAAACUAACAGAAACCAUUGGUGUUCUUGCUGAUGAGAUGUACAGUUGUGUUUUUUUUAAAAAGCCAGCAAGCAGAGGAGUUACGAAAAGGGUAAACUUAUAAAGCUGUGUCAUCAGUAUCAGAUCCAGUGACCAACAAGAGGAACUUUUUUAGAUUGGAGGGGGUCAGACAAAUGAGAGCCUGGAAUGUACUUUUAAUGAUCAUUUUCAUUUAAAACACUACAGAUAUACACUGAUCAACCACAACAUUAAAACCACAUACCUAAUAUCAUAUACGGCCACCUCAUGCUGCCAAAACAGCUCUGAUGCGUUGAGGCAUGGACUACACAAGACAUCUGAACAUGUCCUGUGGUAUCUAGCACCAAGACUGUAGCAGCAGAUCCUUCAAGUCCCGCAAGUUGCGAGGUGGCGACAUCAUGGAUCAGAUUUGUUUCAGCACAUCCCAUAUUUGCUCAAUCGGAUUGAGAUCUGUGAAAUUUGGAGGCCAAGGCCACACCUUGAACUUUUUGUCAUGUUCCUCAAACAAUUUCUGAACAAUUUUUGCAGUGUGGCAUGGUGCAUUACCUUACUGAAAGAGGCCACUGCCAUCAGGAAAUACCAUUGCCAUGAAGGGAUGUACGUGGUCUGAAACAAUAUCUAGAUAUGUGGUUUGUGUCAAAGUAACAUCUACAUGAAUGCCAGGACCCAAGGUUUCGUAGCAGAACAGGCCUGCUUUCUUUUCAUACAGAACCCUGCUGCCACGUCUUCACCCAGAUAAUAGAGGCACAAGCACACGGCCAUCCACCUGAACUAAAAAAAAACAUGAUUCAUCAGACUAGGCAACCUUUUUCUAUUGCUCCAUGGUCCAGUUCUGAUGCUCACGUCCCCAUUGAAGGCGCUUUCCUACAGUCAUCAUGGGCACUUUGACUGGUCUGUGGCUACGCACCGCCAUACGCAAUAAACUGCAAUGCUCUGUGUGUUCUGGCACCUUUCUAUCACAGUCAGCACUAAAUUUUUUCGGCAAUUUGAGCUACAUUUAGCUCUUCUGUGUGAUCGGACCAGAUAGGAUAGCCUUUGCUCCCUGCGUGCUUCAAAGAGCCUUGGGUGCCCAUGAACCUGACACCGGUUCACUGUUUCUCCUUCCUUGCACCACUUUUGGUAGAUACCUACCACUGCAUACCAGGAACACCCCACAAGACAAUAAGCCAUAUUGGAAAUGCUCUGACCCAGUUAUCUAGCGAUCAUUAUUUAACCGUUGUCAAAGUCACGUGGAUCUGUUCGAUGAUCCACUUUUCCUGUUUCCAACACAUGAAAUUCAAGUACUGACUGUUCACUUGCUGCCUAAUAUAUCGCACCCAUUGACAUGUGCUAUUGUAACGCUGUAAUCAAUGUUAUUCAAUUCACCAGUGCCAGUGGAUUUAAUGUUGUGGCUGAUCAGUGUUUAACACUUUUUUCUGAUGCCAUGGUAAACGCUGCAUUAAAACAUAAAAAAUCAGUCAAUCAGCAGACUUGGAAUGGAAUCCUCAAUGAAUGGAAAGACACUUCUCCUGGGCCACAUAUCCCAAGAGCUAAAAUGAGGAUUUUGUAGUAAGAAAAUGGAGGCAUAUUCCCAGGAAACUCCAAAAAGUAACUAGAUCUCACUGAGAUUGUUUGCUGCUGUUUUGAGAGCAACUUAUCAGAUCCUUCCAUCUGGUAAUUUCAUUACAUUUAAAGUGAACCUGUUGUGGAAAAAAUUUACUUGUCUGAAAUCGCUCCCAUAUACAUUGAAUACACCGUAUAUCAUAGAGAUACGUACUGUACUCAAUGUAAAAUAUAAAGAUUUACUAACUUUUUCUCCGUUCCAGCACCGCCUGGUUGUGCUCAGCUCCGCCUUCGCUCCUCCCGAAGUCUUCUUUGAUUUGCCCAGCGUGGGACGCAUCCUAAAGCUGUGCAAAUCUCGUCAGUGAUGUCGGCAUGCUAGUUUUGUUGCUAGUCAUGUCACUUUGUUCCUGUACUCACUAGUCGGUGCUAGAAGUUCCGGCUAGGGAGUUUCCAUAGCAACCAGAGCACAUCCACAGGCACCUCUUGUGGGCGUUUUUUUUUCGGCUCUCCCUGCUUGGAGAAAAUAGUUUUUUUAAAAUAGGUUUUCUCCUAAUCUAUACAUUUGCUUGCAAACUGCAUAGAUAACAUCUUAUGCUCAAUUUUAAUGAGCAGAACUUGUUUGGGGCAAUACAGGUGUUUAUGAAAUAAGAGUGGACCCCAUAGACCGCAAUAAGGGGCUCCUAAAUGGUGCACCUCUCCCUGGUGAGAUAAGGGUCUACUUGCUACUGACAGUCUACACAAGUGCUGUAGACAAAGGUAUUUUAAUGCAUUCUAUAUAAUAUAUUAAAACAUUAAUUUUAAACUGUAUAUUAUUUUUGUUAAUGAACAUGCAUUAUGCAUUUAGUUCUUUGAAUGUAUUUCAAUAACAUCCACUUCUCAAUUUACUUCACACAGCACAAAGAACCCUUUAAAAAGCGAUGGUUUAACUUGGAUGCAGAACAAAGAAAACUACUUUAUUACAAGAAACCUUUGGUAAUCACAUCAUUAACAGUAAUCACACCAGGACUGUAUACAAGAGAAAUAUUUCAGUGUUCUUAUUCACUUCUUAAUAACUUCAAUAACAGUAUACUGAAAAAACCUUUACCUGCUGCCAAGGGUUCUGGGUAAUAACUGGCCUUACCCCAUAAUCACACAGUAUACAGAGCUCCCCCUGCAGCCAGGGAUUCUGGGUAAUAACCCGCCUUACCCCAUAAUCACACAGUAUACAGAGCUCCGCCUGCAGCCAGGGAUUCUGGGUAAUAACCCGCCUUACCCCAUAAUCACACAGUAUACAAAGCUCCCCCUGCAGCCAGGGAUUCUGGGUAAUAACCCGCCUUACCCCAUAAUCACACAGUAUACAGAGCUCCCCCUGCAGCCAGGGAUUCUGGGUAAUAACCCACCUUACCCCAUAAUCACACAGUAUACAGAGCUCCCCCUGCAGCCAGGGAUUCUGGGUAAUAACCCGCCUUACCCCAUAAUCACACAGUAUACAGAGCUCCCCUGCAGCCAGGGAUUCUGGGUAAUAACCUACCUUACCCCAUAAUCACACAGUAUACAGAGCUCCCCCUGCAGCCAGGGAUUCUGGGUAAUAACCCUUACCCCAUAAUCACACAGUAUACAGAGCUCCCCUGCAGCCAGGGAUUCUGGGUAAUAACCUACCUUACCCCAUAAUCACACAGUAUACAGAGCUUCCCCUGCAGCCAGGGAUUCUGGGUAAUAACCCACCUUACCCCAUAAUCACACAGUAUACAGAGCUCCCCCUGCAGCCAGGGAUUCUGGGUAAUAACUGGCCUUACCCCAUAAUCACACAGUAUACAGAGCUCCCCUGCAGCCAGGGAUUCUGGGUAAUAACCUACCUUACCCCAUAAUCACACAGUAUACAGAGCUUCCCCUGCAGCCAGGGAUUCUGGGUAAUAACCUGCUUUACCCCAUAAUCACACAGUAUACAGAGCUCCCCCUGCAGCCAGGGAUUCUGGGUAAUAACCCGCCUUACCCCAUAAUCACACAGUAUACAGAGCUCCCCCUGCAGCCAGGGAUUCUGGGUAAUAACCCGCCUUACCCCAUAAUCACACAGUAUACAGAGCUUCCCCUGCAGCCAGGGAUUCUGGGUAAUAACCCGCCUUACCCCAUAAUCACACAGUAUACAGCGCUCCCCCUGCAGCCAGGGAUUCUGGGUAAUAACCCGCCUUACCCCAUAAUCACACAGUGUACAGAGCUUCCCCUGCAGCCAGGGAUUCUGGGUAAUAAUCCGCCUUACCCCAUAAUCACACAGUAUACAGAGCUUCCCCUGCAGCCAGGGAUUCUGGGUAAUAACCAGCCUUACCCCAUAAUCACACAGUAUACAAGGCUUCCCCUGCAGCCAGAGUUCUGGGUAAUAACCAGCCUUACCCAUAAUCACACACACAGUAUACAGAGCUUCCCCACUGCGGCCAGGGAUUCACCACGGGUAAUAACCUGCCUGCCACCCAUAAUCACUACAGUAUACAGAGCUCCCCUGCAGCCAGGGAUUCUGGGUAAUAACCAUUACCCAUAAUCACACGGUAUGCAGAGCUCCCCUGCAGCCAGAGGGAUUCUGGGUAAUAACCUACCUUACCCCAUAAUCACACGGUAUAUGACUUCCUGCAGCCAGGGGAUUCUGGGUAAUAAUAACCCGCCUUACCCAUAAUCCACACGGUAUACAGAGCAAUCACGCGGUAUACAGGCUGCCUUACCCCAUAAUCACACAGUAUACAGCGCUCCCCCUGCAGCCAGGGAUUCUGGGUAAAAACCCGCCUUACCCCAUAAUCACACAGUAUACAGAGCUCCCCUGCAGCCAGGGAUUCUGGGUAAUAACCCGCCUUACCCCAUAAUCACACAGUAUACAGAGCUUCCCCUGCAGCCAGGGAUUCUGGGUAAUAACCUACCUUACCCCAUAAUCACACAGUAUACAGAGCUCCCCCUGCAGCCAGGGAUUCUGGGUAAUAACCCGCCUUACCCCAUAAUCACACAGUAUACAGAGCUCCCCCUGCAGCCAGGGAUUCUGGGUAAUAACCCGCCUUACCCCAUAAUCACACAGUAUACAGAGCUCCCCCUGCAGCCAGGGAUUCUGGGUAAUAACCCGCCUUACCCCAUAAUCACACAGUAUACAGAGCGCCCCCUGCAGCCAGGGAUUCUGGGUAAUAACCCGCCUUACCCCAUAAUCACACAGUAUACAGAGCUCCCCCUGCAGCCAGGGAUUCUGGGUAAUAACCCGCCUUACCCCAUAAUCACACAGUAUACAGAGCUCCCUCUGCAGCCAGGGAUUCUGGGAAGCUAUCGUUGUUAUCAUGUGUUUACUAUGUAACAUCAUGUAAAAUUUAAAAAACUUUUCUGCUUUACAGGAUGCUUUUGAACAGGGCGGAGUGUUUAUAGGAAGCAAAGAACAAGGGUAUGCAGUGUCAGAAGGUUUACCUAGAGGAAUAAGGAAAAGCAAGUGGGACACUGGGUUUGUUAUUAAGACACCAUGGAGGGAAUUUGUAUUCACCUGUGAAAACACCAACGAUCAAAAAGAAUGGCUGGAAAUACUGAGGGAAAUCAUAUCUCGGCCCAUGACUGAGGAAGAUUGUAAAGGUAAUGGUUUUAGAAUAAUAAUGGGAUAACGUCACAGUCUGAUUUUUGGCAAUGAUUGACGAGCCAUUGAUCCAAGGUCAUUGAAUACCGUGUCCAAGUAUUCUUUCCUGUUACGGGUACAGUAGAUCAAUGUGUAGCCACCCUGCCUUUUGAAAAACGUCUAUCUGACAAUACGACAAUUAAUGCAUUAAUUUAGUUGAUCUCUGUUAUUUAUUAGGGAAUGUUAUUUGCAUCAGACGGGGUAGAUAUAUAUAUUUUUUUUAUAUAUAAAUGUUCUUUUAAGAAUGAAUUCUUUGAUAAGUUACGAUGUUUAAAAAGAUACAACCAGCGAUGAAUUCUGCUGUACUUGAUAACGUUGGCACACUGCUGUCAUAAUUGUACGGGUUAAUUUAAUAAAUAGAGAAUUACUGUACGCUGACAACCAUGUUGCAAAUAUUUCCAAUUCCGCUACAUUUGUUUAAAUUUAGCAAUUUUACUGUUGGCACGUCACAAUUCACUGUUUAGUAAACUGGCCACCUAUGAGUGUGACUGUUCAUACAUGAAAAAUGUGUCACAAACGCACCCUAAUUCAAGAGUGUGCGUGAUGUAGUUGUGGUGGUGAAAGGGUUAAAGUUCACUAUUUGUCUGCACUAGGCCGUAAAUGAUGAUGAAAUCCCACCUAAUACCACCUACACGUAACCAUAAUAAUAUAAAUAUUACUAUUUUAACGCUGCCACCACCAAGACCAUUUAUAAAUGGAGAACUUGGUCCCCCAGGUAACUGAAUAAUAAAAACCCACCAAAUACAACUUAGCACAAUAUCUAAGCAAUUGCAAAACACUAAUUAGUCUCUUCGGUUAACGUGAUUCUUAACCAGGCAAAGACAAUACUUAAUAAAUGAAUAUUUAUUAUGAGCAAAAAAUAGUCACAGUGCAUACAAUAAUAUAGAUGACAAUCAAAUUAGUUACACCAACAACAGAUAAAAACAAAAGGGAUAAAAUAACAGAAGUUUGAAUCACUUACUCAGGUUUUCAAAGUAAAAACUUCUGCCCAGGGGGUCUCUGGUAGGAAAGAUGAUGACUCAGUCAAAAUUAGAUUCUGCCCCCAAGCAAGUCCAAUACACAUUUCAGUAUCAUUGGAUAUAUACCCUGUGGAUUACCAAGCCUGGCCUAGAGGUGGAGUUGAGGCGUAUCUAUAGAGACACCCCCUUGUGUUUGAGACCCACAUCAAUCCAAAUAGAAACUUUUUUGUCUAUCUCCUCUUUUGUACUUGCCACAGAAAUAAUAAUUGCAUAUAUGUUACCAUUUCUCCAUUCCAUAGAUAUGUCACACUUCUUACUUGUGACACAAUAUAGCGGGCAUCCCCAUCCCUUCCCAUAUGGUUAAGUUAUGCCAAUCAUGUUUGGGCUUGUUUAGAAGAUGGUGCUUGUUUCAUUCUAUAUAUAAUAAAAAUGAAGCUUUAUUAUUAUUCUGUGGAUACAUAUUAAUAUUUAUUUUGGAUAUGAUACUUGAACACAAGGCUAAUGAUCAUUAACAUAUCAAAGAAAUUAACUCAUCAAUUAAGAGGCAGAGGUCAUAUGACUGAAGUCAGCUAGUUUACAUCGGAACUAGACAUUAAGGCAUCUCCAGUGUAGAAUCUCACACCCUGCAGCUACCUUUGAUUAAUCAAAGGAUCCAUCCAUGGCAAACCAUCUGCCCCCCUUCACAUUCCUGUACCAUUUACAUCAUCCCUUCUGUCAGAUAUAGAGAUAUCGCUGCCCUGAAGAACUUGACUAAAUAAGUCUGGCUAUAUGUAUGGUAGGCAAUAUUUGUAUAAAUAAAACAAGACCACACAAUAACCACAGACAAUGUUUAAUUACUUUUCAAUGUGCUUGACUGUGGUGUUUAUUCAAUGCUCAAGUGGCUUACAACCAUAAUUUCGUAACCAUAACCAUGUAACAUAAACUUUAACCUUUCAAAACUUUUAACUUUAUUAACCACCAAAUAGCCAGUCAGUCAUAACUAAACUGACAGACCUUUAUUUAAAUCUUUUAACUUUAUUAACCACCAUAUGGCCAGUCAGUCAUAACUAGCCUGACUGCCUUUUAUUUAAAACCAUUUGCCACCAUAUCCUUCCUCAGAUCUUGACCCUGAGGAUGAGUUUUGCCCCACUGCUUGAUAACACUAUGACAAUACAGUUAAAGAGAUGGUGAGGUCUGUCCGCUCUUUGUUCAGUCCACUCUGACGGGAUUAAACUUGUCCUGCUGCUUUUUAUACUGUCCCAGUUUCCCGCUCUUUUACUGCUUGCGACCUUCAACCAAUCCCAGGCCAGCUUCAGUCCCCAGCAACAGCUGUGUCAUCAAUUCUGCCCAGAUACCUGUCUAACAGACCAACUGCCACAAGAUGUAAAACUUCCUCACAUUCAAAUUCCAGCCAAAACAGAUUAACUCCUUCAUUGCCACCAUACAUAUAUACAGAUUAACUCCUUCAUUGCCACCAUACAUAUAUACCACAGUGCUUAGUGCCCGUGGCUUCUUUUUUUGUAAAAGAUUUGCAAUACUUUAAUCUAAUCUACUCUAUUUUAGUCAUAUCUUUAAGUGUUUGAUUUAUUUCAAUUAUAUUAUACAGAGGAGUUAUUUGAGAUGUCUCCAUUUUUUUUAAGUUGGUUAUGGUUUAGUAAAUAAAUCCCCAGUUUGUAAGCUUUUACAAGCAAGGCCCUCUUCCAUAGCACCAUUUUUUUAUUAUAAUUUAAAAUAAGAGUAUAUGUAUUAUAACCUUGGUGUGAUAUUUUUUUUUUGUAAUGAAUACGUAUAAGUAAAAACACAAUUUCAGUGUGUCUUCUCGCUUAUUUACCCUUUGCUCUAUACGGGCAGUUAUCUUUAAAUAAAAUAAAAAUGUUCAGGAAAAGAGGAACAAGUACAAGGUCACAAAUCCUGACAUCAUGUGAAACGGCUAGAUCACGCUAAGACCGUUUCAGAGCUACCAGUUGUGCAUGGUCUUGGCAUCUAAGUAGUAUUUCUGACCAAAGAGGGGUAAGCUAGGAGACGUACUAAAAAGAGUUAAUAAGUUAUGAGUAUUCAUUACAUAUAUACAACAAAGCUAUCGUAAAUGUAAUUUAUAAAUAAUUAUUUUAAUUUUUUUAAUUCUUAAGCCUGAAAUAUCUUUGUCUUUACAGAAGAGGCCCUAUUCCAAAGAAGGCAGUCACAGUAAUGGUUCCAUUGAAGGGGAAAAAAACACAGAAGAGACUGUGUGUUUGAAGAGAUUUGAAGUACAUCAUUGUUUGACAGCUGUUUACGUUUUAACCAACGGCAAAGCUACAGGCAAUACACGACAUGAUCUGUGUACGAGACUGGUGUUUGCCGAAAUGAAGAUACGUAAACAACAUGAUGAGUAAUACAGAAAAAACAGCCUCAGUGGGAUCAAUUACACAAUUCACAAAACCUAAAAAUUCACGGACAUACAAGAGCGCCAUGUUUGUUUGAUGAAGGCAAGCAACAAGACACUAACGUUGGUUUAAUACUUUUUUUUUUUUUAUAUAUAAACAUGCCGUACAGAAAACACAGAGAUCAGAAGAAACAAAUGUACACAAAUCUCUGUACUGAUUUUUUUUAAAGAUGCAUCAACACUAUUUAACUGUGUUUCUGCUUUUUUGUGUCCUAAAUAAUUCCUAAAAAGAACUUCGGAACAAAAACGACAAGAGCAGUUGGGAGAGCUUUGGAGACGAGUCUAGAAGUCUAUGUGUGAUAUAUUACAAUGUACAUUAAGAAAGGUAAAUUUACAAACGAGGUCAUGUUAAAGAGAAAAGGUAGUGUAUGAAAAGGAAGAAUAAAAUCCGGUACAUUUUGUCAACCAAUGUCUUGGGAAAUUUCAGUAAAUCAUCCAUCACAUCAUCUGGUCUCGUAAUCCAGUAUGGCUGUGGAGAAAUACCAAGAACUCAUUAUUUAAUUAGCCAUACCAACAAGAAAUGUCAAGAAUUAAUUAUGCGGCAUUGUCAAGAAAAUAAAAUAAGACGACAUACAGUAGAUUGACACCAAUGCAAAUAGUUACCAUAAAUAACAACAAUAAUACCUGACACACACGACAUCAGCUGUUUGUAAUAAUUUGAUUUGUGUUGUUUGUCAAGGGUAAUUGAAAUAAGUCUUUUAUAUAUAUAUAUUCUUGGGUGUAAGGCUCGCCAGCUUAAUGCACGUCUAUAUUAACCAAAAGUAAUCAUACGCAAUCUGACGUUCUUUAUUAAAAAAACGCGUUUAUUUUACUUCAAAAGCAAACAAUAAUAUACAUAACAGAUGGUAUUUCUUAACGACGUUACAGAGAGAGAUAUAUUCGUCUUUCUAUCAGCAAGUCAGGGACACAGGAGAGGAGAGCGAAG